AUGCAACACCAAAAUGAAGAUUUACCGCAGGAAAAGUCCUAUGCAGCGGCAGCCAGCAGCUCAGCGCCACCACCCCCGCCAACUGCUGCUGACAGGUCAGGGCGGUGUACAGGGACAGGGCCCCCCCCUGAAGAAAACAACACAGGUCAGAGAGGAGCACAGGGACAGGGCCCCCCCCUGAAGAAAACAACACAAGUCAGAGAGGAGCACAGGGACAGCCCCCCCCCCCGAGGACCCCCCCCACAGAAAGAGGAGCAGUACCUGAGAGAAGCCUCCGAUGAUGAUGCGAUGAGGAGGGAUCCCGUUACGAGCCUCGUGUUCAAUUAUGGCUUUGACUAA